GCAGAGGAAAUACCGCUUGGGAGACGGGCUAUUGACUACCGCGGACCUUGAGGCAAUGAACAAAGAGGAUUUUACGACGAUAGGGACCUUUGUUCAAAAAUUUAAGAAGAGGGCGCGGAAGGUCCAUGGGAUUUCGGAGGAAGCACAGUGCGUCAUCUUCCUGGGGCUACUCACGGCAUCGGAGGCCAUCGAGUUGACGAGGCAUGGAGGAGGUAGCACCAAGCUCACCUGGACCACCAUUGACAGAGGGGUGGAAGUUGGGUGUUUGGACCAGGUGGAGCAACGUCAGGUACGCCUGCAAAGGCAGAAGAGAAAGGAAAGAGAUGCGACCGCUUCUGGGACCCCGGGGGUAACAAGGAUUGUUACAGACGUAUUGGCACAGCUGGGGUAUGCGACAGAGCCGGUGGUGCAAAAGAGGGUAGUAACGGCUGUCCAAGUGAAAGGAACGGAGCCGGUGAUAGAGGAGGCUGUUCAGGAGGAACUCUGGGAAGAGGAAGAGUCGGUGCCGCAGCGCCUGACGAAGGCCCAGCGCAAAGAAGGGGAGACGAUGAAGAAUACACCCCCAGUUGAUGGAUUCCUAGAUCAGGAAGAAGAUGUUCGUCUCCACAUCAACAAGUGGUCGCCGCGAGUACCCAGCUGUGUAGGCUAUCCUAUCUGGCAAGCGCCGAAUGGGUAUGAAAGGAGGGCCGAGCUAGUCCUUAAACCCUUCGAAGAAGAGGAUCCCUGGGGUGGUAAGAAUGUUCAGUGGAUGAUGGAGUUGACGCUGACCAGUUCGCAUAGUCUGGUAGAGGACAUGAGGACGAUUGAGGAAGGGCCUGGCCAGGUAGAACGGCAUGAGGACCUGAUGGGAGGAAUGUAUCUCCUCGUCAACACGUUAUUGCAGGAAAACCUCGACCAGUCAGGCUCGUUGAACCCGACAGGGAAUGUGGACGAAGUGCCCGAGAGCCAGGACGACGAGUUCGAGGAGGGGGAGAUUAAGGAGGCUUUUCGUGCAGAGGAGUAUGACGGGAUCUACCUAGAGCUGGGGCUUCUUCUGUCAUGUGAAAUGCGGCUAAGGGAUGUAAGCGAUAGGGCUCAGAGGAUGCUGCAGUGCUAUUUAAUGCGAGACGACCACCUUUUCGUGAGAAGAGAAGUGGGAAAUCUCAGGAGAGUCGUCUGCGGUAGGAAUCGUCAGAUCGACGUCGUAGCAGGGCUUCAUGAUGACAUUGGAGGAGUGCAUCGAGGGGUACAAGCCACGUAUGCCAAGAUAAGUGCGCUGUACUACUGGGAUGAGAUGAUGGACAUGGUCGGGAAGUCUGACUUUACGAAGAAAAUCAUGCCAAGAGGAGGGAAGGGGACACGACCGCCUCAGAGGCCGUUGGGCGCAUCAGGGGGAUAUGAGCGGCAUGGGCCUCGCCGUCGAGAGAGCACUCCAGAGUACGACGGUGACGAUAUCGAGCUAUUCCUAGACAGCUUCUGGGAGCAUGUGCGGCGUAUGGGUUGGACUAUGACCCAGCGGAUUGAGAGGCUCAGGGGAGUCGGUAGAUUCGAGGAGCCCGUUGCACGGAUCCAUAGAGAGGCGACGACGAGGUCAGAGGUGGAGUUGAGGAUGCAGGAGCUGCGACCCUUGCCUGUGGGUCCUGAUGGCAGGCCGAUCCGCCUGGAGAUUAGAAAUGCGUCGGACUUCAUCCCCGCGUUUGAGUGGUUCAUGCAGGGGCAGGGUAUACCGAGAGACGAUUGGAUGCAGACAUUACCACUCUGGACCAGGAAGGCGGAAAGACCACUAGCUAGGCAGAGGCAGAGGGACCCUGAGCCUAGGGAGGCGAGACCAUCUCGAGGAGGAGGGAAGGCCCUAGCCAGGAGAGAAGAGGAACCAGAGCCGGAGCCAGAGGCUGAGGAGCGAGGGGCAUACCCUGAGUGUGGGUUGGGACCAGUGGAGUUCCAUUGGUUUAUCGAGGGUGGAUUGAGGAGGUCGCCAGCACACACACAGGAGGAGCCGCCAGCAUCUGAGGGGCCCUUGAGGGAGUCGGAGACGCAUUUGGAUAUCUCUCGGUGGAGGGCGUCGCCUCGGGUUGAGGAGCAUGGAGAGCAGGCAGAGGAGGUGCCACGAGAGGAGGUGACACGAGAGGAGGUGCCACAGGAGGAGGUGCCAAGAGAGGAGGUGCCACAGAAGGAGAGAUCGGAGGCAGCAGGAGCACUCCCAGGUCAGCCACCCAGCGCGCCAGCUAGGGCCCCGGAGAUCGCUGAGAUGUGGAGGGAUUUCUGGGAGCAGAGAGGAGAGGAGCUUCCUUCGCCAGUCAGAGCCGGGUUUGGGGUAGCAAGAAAGGCGGAAGAGAGAUUGGAUCGAAAAAUCAAGUUCCCGGCCAAGACAACUUUUGACCGGCACUUGUUAUUGGAGGGCGAUCUGGCAGGGAAAAAGAUAAAGGAAGCAAGUCAUGGAGUACGCCUGGAGGCUAUGGAGAUGGAAAUCCAGGAACUUAGGGCAUUGGUGGCCAGCCAGGCAGCUAUCAUUGAGAGCCUGAGGCAGCAAACCCAGGGAAAGGUGGACAAGCCAGAGAGCAGCAGGCAGGGAGAGCAGAGGCAGCCAGGACAUGGAUUGCCAGGACAACCAUCUGCAGCAGAGCCUCGCCAGGGGCCACCUACGGGGAGGGUUAUCCUAGAGCCAGAGGAGGCGAGAGCCCAGAGACAGGCGGAGAGAGAGGCAUUUGAGUUCAGAUCCCCUACCGAGCUCGCGACGCUGCCAGUGGCGGCGGCGGACCCAGUCGUACCUUUGGCAGUAGAGGAGGGGCGGCCACCAUCUAGCAGUGAGCCGGCUCAAGGCUCAGCAGAGGGAUCCAUGGGUGUGCUCCUUGAGGCGGUGCAUACUAUGCAGAAAGAGGUGAGUUUGUUUUCACCCGAGCAGAGGAUAGAGGAGCCUCUUGAGAGAGAGAUGGGGAUUGAGACGGAGGGUGCCAUCGAGGGCGGACCUUAGAGGUUGGGCACGCGUGAGUAUGGACCAG